UAGAAAUCCAAGAAGAUUCAAGAAGACGUGUUAGUCGAAAGAGUCGUUGCAGUUCACGUCUUCGUUGACAAGUUGAUGCGUUUCCGCCACACAAAUAAUUUUGAUAGAUUUCCAAAAUACAGUAAUCAAGAAUACAAGGAAAACAGUGGGAACACGUGUACUUCGUUUCUCGGGUCUCGUAGUUUCGAACGCUUGUUUGUCUUUCUUCUUGCAGUUCAUCAUCGGUCGCUUCCHGUGGACACAUGCCCUCACCAUAGAUCAGAGCACAACGUAUUAUCAUCCUCAGUUGAAUGAAGUUUAUAAACCGAAGCUCAUACUUCAGCAUAGUAACCACCGCAACUAUCAUAGCAAUGAUCGCCUCUAGAAGAACAGCUUCGUCACUUUUAAGAGUUGCCACGACCACGACGAGAAWAGCAUCGCCCACAGUAUCCCGAACCGCUGGACAUACCGUGGCAUCGCARUAUAUCGCUGGAAAUUCAAUCUGGUUGAAUGAUUUACAACAACAGCAACACACRCAACGACGGACUUUCUUCAGCCAGAUCAUGGGAAUGUUUUCAGGAAACUCCAYCCCAGCACCGGAGGACGUCACCCCAGAAUAUUUGCUGGAAUCGUUCGGAGGAAGUGAUGAUUUGGUAGGAAAUUCCAUUCCUGAGGCGAUGCACGCUCUCUACGAAGCUGACGCUGUUUGUUUUGAUGUGGACAGCACAGUAAUAAAYGAGGAGGGAAUUGAUGUGUUGGCYGACUUUUUGGGCAAGGGUGACGAAGUUGCCAAAUUAACGGCUGCCGCUAUGGAGGGCGGCAUGAAAUUCGAGGAUGCGUUGAAGGCACGAUUGGAUUUGCUGGAACCUUCUAGAAAAGAAAUCCUUGAUUGUUUGGAGGCUCAUCCUCUGGAGUUGACUCCCGGUAUCCAAACCUUGGUGGAGACCUUGCACGCAAAGAACGUUGAUGUGUUUUUGGUCAGCGGGGGAUUCCGCAUCAUGAUCGAACCGCUCGCAGAAAUUCUUAGCAUUCCGAUCGAAAACAUCGUCGCCAAUACUAUUAACUUUGAGUAUGGCACAGAAGGGAAGUACGCGGGUUUCGAUUCCAACGAACCUACCUCGCAGGAUAUGGGAAAACCCAAAGCCCUUGAGCAACUGAAAGAAAAGCAUUCCUACGAGAAAAUGGUUAUGGUCGGUGACGGCGCUACAGACGCCCAGGCAAAGCCACCAGCUAAAGCAUUUGUUGGUUUCGGGGGAGUCGUYGAACGGGAAGCCGUCAAGAAUCAAUCGGAUUGGUUCGUUAAGGACUUUUCGGACAUGACGAAAAUUGUAGCUAUGAGACAAUAAUUUAUGUUACGACGAGUAUUAGGACAACUAAAUCAUUGGCAUUUAG